GGAUCCAUUUCUGAGCUGCCUGCUGAUUCGUGUAAAGAGAUUAAGGCGAGUGAGGGAGGACAGGCUAUCAGCGGUAAUUACUGGUUGGAUUCUGCCGGAUCAGGGAAGCCUACUCUUGCUCGCUGUGACAUGAAAACCGAAGACAUAAAUGAGUGUGCCGAUGGAAAACGCCACUGUGAUGUAAAUGCUGAGUGUAAUAACACCUUUGGAUCUUACAAAUGCACUUGCAAAGAUGGAUAUUAUGGAAACGGCACAGACUGUACUAUCAUUAGUGGGUGUCCAACAGGCAAAAAAACCGACAAUCCGCAAGGUACUUGCUGUGUUUUCCCUUUCACCUAUAAAGGGAAGACAUACGGCUCCUGUACCAUAGACAAUCAUGAAAAAUUGUGGUGUUCACUUACUGCAACUUACAAUAGAUCUUGGGCUAACUGUGUUUCUUAGAAGAUGAAUGAAGAAAGACAGCAAUGGAUGAAAACAAUGGGUUGACAUAAAGAGAUGCGACCGAAAAUAUACUGAAAUUGUGAUUAAGAUGAGACUUUAAACCCUUAAGAUGGUUAUAUGUUACCUGAGUUAGUUUGCUGAUGCAAUUAGGUCUAAAUUUUUGUUUAGAUAAAGAUUUUGAUGAGGGUUUAUCGUUACAUAUGAUCUGGAUGCGUUAAUCAGUCUGAAUUUUCCAAUCGCUAACCAAACAAUAAUAUGCUCCUCUUAUUAUCCCUUUCGAUCUCGUUAUCCAUGAAAUAUAAUAAUAUUAAAAGUGUAUUUGUCAAAGCUAACUGAACUCCAGAACAAAGUGAUUUAUUCAAUUGAAAAACUCGAGGCAACUGUUAAACAGCUUCUUUUUUUAACUUUUCUCUUUUCGUAAUAGUUCUAAGUCUGUGGUUACUCAACGCCAGUUAGAACAUUGGUAAUAUAUAAUACGUUGAAAUAGUAAAUUGGCCACCGUAGAGAGUUAAAAGCUGACGUUUCGAGCGUUAGCCCAUCGUGUAGCUGAACGUGUUUAUGUUUUCGUUUUCGCUAGGAAAGAAUCUGAACAAUUUUUUUUUUGCCUUUUUGGGGGAAGCUGGUAUCCUUUGUUGAAGGAAUUGUGACAAGGGCUGAUGUACUAAAACAAACAAAAAAAAGAAAAAGAAAGAUGCGAACAUAUACCUAUUUGGCUCAGCUGAUACCUGAAUUUCGCAUUACAUAAGUCUACCAAGGAGCCUCUUGUAGAUUGGCAUUAUUAUGAAUAGUUACCUUAAUUGGUGAGUAGUAUUAGUCUUCCUGACACGACGUAAAAGGGAGCGAUAUUGAAUUGCUAAACAACCCAUUUCAGAAAUAUUUAAUGGCUAAUAAUGUUUCGAGAACAUGUCCUGAUUAAAUAUGAAACUCUGUGGCCGCCAAUCAUUAUUUCAUGUUGGAGCUCAUGGCUGGCAAGGUGCAUUGUGGAUUAUAUCUAACAGUUGUUUGCCAAGGGCGAAGUGACUAUUGUUGAAUAAUCCCCGAGACUUGACUCUUGGAGAAUAUCAGUAACCAUAAUCCACACGAAUUGAUAAUUUAAAUGGUCACAAAGUAAGUUUUCUAAAAUAUAUACCUUUUUUUCCUGACAGCUUUAAAAUCUGUUUCCAGUAAAAGUCAGAAAGGUUACUAUACAACAAAAAACGCUGUUUGUGAGUUUGAUUGAAAUGGUUUCUGUUUAUCUUU